GAUGCGGACUCCCUGAACCCCUUGCCGGGCCCGCGCUGGGGCCCGCCGCGCCCACCGCUGCACCUCACGCCCGCCGAGCACGAGGACCUCGUGACCCGCGCCGAGGGCGUGCUGCGUCGCCUGCUGCUUACCGACAACUAUGACUCUGUCAGCAACUUCAUCUCGCUGUACGACGCCUUCGAGAAAUCCGCGGAGCCGCUGCAGCAGCUGUUCGGCAAGUACAACCCGCCGAUACGACCACGGCAGCACACCUGCGUAGGCCUCGGUUUCGAGCUGCUGAGACGCUGGCGCAGCUUGGACAAGCGGCGGCCGGGAUUUGCGGCAGCUUGCGCGCUGGUCUCUUGUGAGGAGGCGGUCGAAGACGUGCGAGAGUACGUGACGUGCGGCGAGGGCCCGGAGGCGGUGAUGGUCGCCGAGAAGGAGCACGUCAUGGUGUGUGUGCAGAUCGUGAUGGACGGCCGCGCUGGUGUUCUGCUGGCCGACCCGGGCUACCACGUGCCCCGCGUCGUCACCGUCAUGGCGGAUAGAGGGUAUCCGCACACCGGUUGGUUCACUCUGUCAGAAGAGCCGCUUUGCCGUAAGGAGUACAGCUACGGGUUCAGCCCGCUCAACAGCGGCUACGUUGAGUGGCGCGAGCGGGAGACGCGCGGUCCCAAAUUCAAGUGCCAGACCUCGCUCGUGUACGUCGCGCGACCAUACCUCGACGGUGUCAAUGUCACUGAGCGCAGGAACCUCGUUUACAACUUCAGGAGUCUGCUUGCCCGCGACCAGAAAGGCCACCUCAUAGCCGGGCUCUAUUUCCCGGUGGGGGGCCGCGGCAAGGACGCGCAGUUUACGUUGUUCUUUGACACCGGCGCUGAGAAACACAAGACCAAAUACAAGUUCAACAGCUUUAUCAAUCCGGAUGCUAUACCAGAGACGAUAUCCGAGGAAGUGGAGAUUUGCAACGCGCAAAUGAAUUACAAGAAAGGUGAGUUAAGGAACAUCAUCUGCCGGCUGGCCGAGGUGCUCGCGAACCAAAGCUUCAUAGAGCAGCUGCUCGAGAUCAACGAUGACAUCUGUCGCAUGUGUCUCUGACAGCCGCGCAAUGGCGGCAACAUGGCCGCCCGCAUAGCGCGAUAAAACGCACCAUAAACAAUAU